AUGGAGCUACCCUGGACAGAGACAGAGCUCGUCAAUGAAUCGCAGCCUGCGAACCCCCCAGCCGUGCUAGAUACAAGGACUUUGAUGGACGAGAAUCACCAGCUUGUCAACCGAGUCCGCUUCUUGGAGGAACAAUUGGCUCAGCGGAAUCAACGUGCCCAACUGACCGUCCAGCAUAUCUCGCAGUCCCUUUCUAAUCUGUCCCGAGCUUUACAGAUUGUCUCGGCCGAUGCUCAGACCAGUGGCAUUCCCUCGAACGGCGAUGCUUUGGUAGACUUAUUGGGUGACUUCACGGGAAUGAACCAGCCGGUCGGCGGCAAGUCUACCACCUGUCGUCUUGCGUUGCGCCUGCUGACUGCUGUCAUCAAAUACCAGACUUAA